UUUAUUUUUAUUAUUAAACAUUUUUUAUUUGAUGGACACACCUGCAUGUUGGGUGGUAAUUCUUAUGGAGCCUUGCUAUUGGCUCUCUAUUGAUUGGAAAACGCACCUGCCGCGUGACAGACCAGAGUCAUGGUGGACACGACACCUACAACUUGGUGGCCCAACGUGACUCACAGGGGUCAAGGCGAGUAACAAUUUAUAUUUUACUCGUGUAUGAAGAAGAGGAGACAUCUGUGGGGUGUGAUUAAGAAUGUCCACAGAAGUGAUAUCAGUCAUGUGACCUCCGGGAUGAUGAAAUCUUUCUCUGGAAAUUACUGAGGGAGGAGAAAGAAUACGGAGGAAAGAAAAUCAGAGAAGAAACUUCUUCUAUCAUCACAACUCAACACUAUGAGAUCAUGUCUGUGGAAUACGAGGAUUUACAAACUCUUCAGGAGGACACAAAACCAUCAAAGGGAGCCGGAGCAACCAACCAGAUACUUCAAGCAAUCAUGAUGAAGAGACGGGUCCCGGAACUUUCCUCCUCCCUCAUCUGCUUCCUGUCAGCAGUCUGCACCGGACUCAUCUUCAUCAUCAUCAUCCUCAUCGUCACCAUCACACGUCAGGGGGUGGGUGAGACGGAGCAGAGCCUGGAGGUGAAGCUGAGGAAUAUGAGUAUUGAGGUGCACUCCAGAGUGGACCAACUAUAUGUGAAAAAUUCAGGGAUGACGGAGAAACUGACUGACUUUGAAAUUUUCAUGGAGGACUUCAAUAAGCACGACGUGGCGGGUAAAGUGACGAAUAUCAAGUCGCUGGUGAAUCUUUUUCUGUCCGAAGAAAUCACAGGUUCCCUUACCAGCGACAAUCAGAGGAUUUUGGCCGCAGUGGGGAAACUAACAGAUGGACUCCGCAACAGCAACGGCUCUGUUGAUCCAUUAUGUGGUUCGGAAUGGACACACUAUGGCCUAAACUGCUACUACCUGUCCCAUUACGCACGUCCGUGGGAUUACGCCAAGAAGCACUGUGAGGAUAAGAAGAGUCAUCUGGUGGUCAUCAAAGGUCUGGUUGAGAUGAAUUUUCUACGUAACGUUUCACAGUCCCAGGGUUUGUGGAUCGGUCUUUCAAGUGAUAACGACAUCUUGAAUUGGGUGGACGGCACAUCUUAUGAGAGAUCUCCAAAGUUCUGGAAUGACGAUGAGCCCCAGACUUGGUAUAGAGAUUUUCGAUAUUGUGCUUAUUUGAAAAAUGGAGAGAAUUGGAGCGCUUCUUUCUGCUCCCGUAGUUACCGCUACGUCUGUGAGAAGAAGACAUUGUGACCACCAGACUUCUCCUGAUAUCUCCUCAUCUCUCCUUCACCAUACUACAGCGAGGGAAGAUCUACUAACAGAAGAAAAUGUAUCCUGCCGGACAUCCCGGGACUUGGAGGGCCAAUUCUUUUUCGGGGGGCGCAAACAAACUGAAAAAACAAAACAGCAAUUGCAGCCACUGUGCCAUUGAACGCAACCACU